AUGUCUAUUCCUCCUGUCUCUGGGGCUAUAGCCCCUCCGCGAUACACUCUUAACGACAUGAUAAAACAUAUAUCUUCAGAUCCUGACAAGCGUGCCGAAUUGAUAGAAGAGCUAGAGCAGGAUGUUGAGGCAUCCGUCGAGUGGGCUUCGCAGGCUAAGAAUAAUCAAAUUCUCUGCUCUUUAUGCCAAGAGGAUGACACUAUCACCGACCCGAAGGUGAAGAACAAGUUUUGGAAUGUUCAAAUCGAGCUGAAUGACCACAUGAAGAUGGAUUUCCACACCCCUCGAGCAAAAUGGGUCCGUCGCACCAACCAAUACUUCGAAGCCAGUGGUGAAGCCAAGGUUGAAUGCCCUUACUGCGAACGAGCCGGUACAACCAAGUCUUUCACCGAGGUUUGGUCACUGGUGAGACACAUCGAGAAUGACACCAGCGCUAAGCACCGUCAAUAUGCGCAAGAGGAUGGAUGGUUUGGCGAUAACUGGGCAAGUCACCCAGAACAAAAGUCGAGAUUGUAUCGCCAGACCGGAGAUAACGAAUUUCGAACGCGAGUGAUAGGUGCCCGUAUGCUACAAUCGAAUGAAAAGGAGCCCCCUGUGCCCAUCAUUCAUGAGGGUAUCCCGGGCGCUGCUCGAGGAGCUGGGCUUUCACCAAGAGUUAAUAUACCUGGUACUGUGCGGUCUGCUAGCCGCAGUGACUCCCUAGAUUUCGAUGUUCUGUCCGAGCGGAUUAUCACUAUCACGAGCCAACCUCCUGAGCAUAUCACCCCCGUCAUUCCGCCCUAUCUUCGUCCUCAUGUCAUCCUGACGAACGCAUACAUAGGGCCCGCUACUGAGAAGAAACGACAGGGUGAUGAGAUUGAUGCUGCUGCUGUAAAACGGCAUCGAGGGGAUUAA